GGCGCGGAAAGGUGGGGGCGGACACAGCUCGGCCGCGCUCCCGGUCCGCGGUAGGAGAUGCCUGCCUGACUGAGCCGCUUUUUCGGGGGCAGGUGCCCGCGUAGACUGUCCCCACAUGUCCCUGGGCGAGGGCCAUGUAGACUCGGCGCUCGGCCACCGGGAGCGGAGGAGGGAGUCCUGUCAUCGCCCCGCAGUCAGCGCGUGGCCUGGGGACCCCUCUAGUGGGGACAGGGGCUGUGUCGGCGGGGGACAUCACCCUUCGUGGGGACCAGGGAGCGGCCCCCAAGUGACUCCAGGGGUCCUCCCACGCGGUCAUUCUCUGACGGAGUCGGGGCCCCGUCCUGACCCAGGGGACACCCGGGAGUAGGAUCAGAAGUUCGGGAGUCUCACGGGGUAGGGUGGGCGGCUCUUCUGGGGACAAAGCCCAGCAGCCGCCCAGGGUUCUCAGUGUUCCCGCAUCACAUACGCUGUUACUGCUCCAGCUCAGCCCCACAGUCGUGCCUGACCACAGUGAGCCCCAGGGCCCAGGACGCUGGGGCUGGGGCCGGGGCCCAGGUGGGUGGUGGGGCAGGAGGACCCUGUGUGAAGCCAGCCAACCCUGCGCUCCAGGGACCUGAGCAGGUGGGGCUCAGGGACCCCAGGAUUCUGUCUAUAGAGGGCCCUAUGAGGUCUCCCCUCAACCACGGCAGACCCUAAGCACUCCAGAAGGAAAGGCCUGGUGGAUGAGCGGGUGGCCCCAGGAGCACACACCUGGUCCCCAUCUUCCCCUCCACUCAGGUCUGGCUGCUUGCUUCCUACCUGGUAGGUUUUGUGGGAAAUCCUAACAACAGUUACAGCCUGGCUAAGAGCAGCUCCCCAACAAGCUUGGUGUGAUGGGGUGGAGGUGGGGGGCUGGAAAGAACCCAGGUUGCUGUCACUCCUCUGAGGCAGCCGUCAUGUAUUUCUAGUGUCUUAGUAACAAAUUAACUUAUAGAAAAAUUACUUUUUGUGAAAUAUUAAAGAGCACAGGGAAUGACCACUCUGGCCAAUCCCUAGCGGCACCAUAUAGAUAAGACCAUAGCUGAAUGCUACCCUUAGGAAUGACGUAUGUAAACUUGAUAGACACCUUCUGAGUGACAGUGAUAGAUAACCAGCUUGUUCUCUGAUUAACACUUGUGUGAUGACAUAUGUUACUGAUAGCCACCUGGACUGCCAUGGCCUAGAACAGGCUUAAAAACGAGUCCCCGACUUCAGACAUUGAUCAUCUUCUUGAUCCACACUCCACGCUCCACGCUUCCUUGCUCCACGCUGGACAGUAGAACAGCUAAACCUCUGAUCACUGAUCAUGAGGCUUCGGUCGCCCUUCUCCCGCUGACUCGACCCAACCAGACUGCCAGUCACCCAAAGACAGAUCCACCGCUGCCCGCAGAGGAUGCCACUCUUUUCCAGGGACCCCGUUAAGUUUGAGCCUACAGCACCAGGAACCCUAGGGUCCCAGCUCCGCCCCAGGGACGAUGACAAUGACCUUCAGGAUGAAGCCGCCACCCUCCCAGGCCCUCUCCCAGGACCUGCCCUGCAGCUUCAGCGUCUCCCGGCUUGGGCAUCCGCGCCCCGCCCAGGAAUUCACCACUCACUGGCACCUAAGUUGCUGGCGGCUGCAGCUCGUCCAGGCUCUCAGGUGUUCACUACGCAGCCAGAGCCCUGCCAGAGGCCACCGCUGCGGGUACCAGAUAGGAUCACGGCGGCGCUGAGCCACCGGAGCCACCUGAACCCCCUGGACCGCUGGCCCACCCGAGUCCACAUGGAGGCGCAGGGACUCAAAGACCCGGGGGGCGCGCUGCAGGAACUGGCAGAAAAUCUAUUUCAGGAACUUCAAGAACAUUUUCAAGCUCUGACUGCAACAUUAAACCUCAGAAUGGAAGAAAUGGGAAACCGCCUCCAGGACUUGCAGAGGAAUGUGAAUGCCUUAAUGGUACAAGCUGGGAUCAACAAUGCUAUCAAAGAACAAACGACAGGAGUGAGCUCUCUGGACACCUGUGACCCGGGUGAUGGAAUGUCGAUGCUAAUUGAUGCGAAGCACAUUGUUCACUCACCUUGAUGGUUUUCCUCUGGAAAAGCUCCCACCUGACAAACUUCUCCUCACAUGGAUUUGGGUUCUUGUAUUGCGAUGCCUUCCACAUAGAGAACUAUGUCGCCUAAACCAGCGGUCGCCAACCUUCAGUGGUCCACAGACCACCGGUUGGCGACCGCUGGCCUAAACAGUUCACAUCCAGUAAUGAAUCUGCAGGUAACUAAAACCCCUGUGUAUUUUUUUAAUAUACAACUGAAAUUAAGCGAGGUGUCUAUCUUUUCUCCAUUUAAAAAAUGUUCACUUGGAAAAUAUAGAAAUGAAAUGGAAAAAUCACUCUUUUGUAUCCAGCCCCAGUAAUUUUCAAACAAGUUAUAUAAUUUAAAAAACAUGACAUUCAUAAUAAAUCUAUUAGUGUUUUAAA